CGCCCUCCAAAAACAUUCACACCUUCCACAAUUUCAUCACUUCGAAGAGAGAGAAACACAAAGAUGCAGAUAUUUGCCAGAACUCUGAAUGGUACCACCAUCACUCUUGAGGUCCAAUCUACCGACUCCAUUGCUACUCUCAAGUCCAAAAUCUACCUCAAGCAAGGAAUAAUUCCAGACCAGCAGCGCCUGAUUUUCUCUGGUAAGCAGCUUCAAGAUGACCGUACUCUUGCAGACUACAACAUCCAGAAAGAAUCAACACUUCACCUGGUGCUGAGGCUGAGGGGCGGAGGCUACGGUGGUUUUCAUAAGUAUACUCCCGACAUGGUGACGCUAGCUAGUCAGUACAACCAGAACAAGAAAGUUUGCCGCAAGUGCUAUGCUCGUCUACCAUUGAGGGCUACUAACUGUCGCAAGAAGAAGUGUGGGCAUUCCAAUCAGUUGAGGCGAAAGAAGAAGUUCGAGCCAGCCAUGGAUGGCAAGGGCAAGCGACAGUAACAUUGAAAAUCAAAAGAGAAGGGCAAUGGUACGUUGUCAUGGCGCGCUAUGGUCGAGUGUUUAGCAUAAUAAUCAAGUUUUAACUAAGAGAUCCUACUUAAAUUACUGUGGUUUAAGACUUUUAAGACAUAAUUUCUGGGUAUUGUUGUGUUUUUGGUGAAGUUUAUGGCAUGAAACAAUCAAACUUUGCUAUGGUUUUAUCACUUUAAUGUGAAGUAUAGGUUUUUGGACAACUAUAUUUAACUACUAUUGAUGAUUUUGCCUGUUAUUUGAAAUGGGCUAUGACUAA